GCAACUUUGCGACCAGAUGUUUCCGGAUGGCCUUUGAACAGGCGUAAAUUGUAUCCAAAUUGGCAGCAAACCCUUGGAAAGCAAGCAAUGAAACCGUGUACAGACAGGAGAAGGGGGCACUGAAGGUCGAGGCAACGCAGGAAUCGAGGGAUAUCGCCAGCAAAUUGCCAGAAAUUGAAGUAGGCGCCCAAAGUCGGGGCAACAACAAGCUGCUAGCUGAAUCAACGUGUGCCAGCUAAUUGGUGCCAAUCACACUGCACUCUGGAGCUCUAAAACCGUAAGAGACCCCCGUUCUUGGACCCCCUCGCAAAGAUCAGGGACACGGCGGCUUUCACUUUCGAACACAUCGGCGAGUUCAUUGGUCCACCUUCAACAUGGUCGUGGCAGCAUCCACCUGCCGCACGGAGACGGUCUUCGAUUACAGCUGGAUGAACGUGGUGGUCGCCUACUGGAACCGCUACCCGAAUCCCUCAAGCACGCACGUCCUCACCGAGGACACUAUUCAGCGGGAGGUGCGCGAUGGCAAGCUCUUCUCGCGCCGGCUGCUCUCCAAGACGAAUCCGGUGCCGAAGUGGGGAGCUCGCUUCUACAACAAUGUGCCGGUCAAGAUUGUUGAGGACUCCGUGCUGGACCCGGUUAAAAAGACAUUCACCACUUUCACCAGGAACCUGGGAAUGACCAAGAUAAUGAAAGUCGAUGAAAUUGUCGUCUACAGCGAGCAGAAGGAUGGUAGUACUCUGGCGGUGCGAAGAGCAUACAUUAGUUCGCAGGUGUUCGGAUUCUCGCGGGCCAUUCGCGCCUUCGGCAUCGAACGGUUUAAGGCCAAUGGCAACAAGGCCUCCAAUGGAUUCAACUACGUGCUGCGGCGCAUGUUUCCGGACAGUUUGGUUGGUGGAGGACAUCACCAGCACGCGGUGACGACGACUUCGCCAGCUGGAGAACUUCCUGCAACGACCAUCACCGUAUCCACAACAAACGGCAGUCUCAACAACCAAGGAGCUCUCAAGAGCGCCGCAAAAGUGGGCUACGAGUUCUUCAAGAGUCAUGCCUCCAAGAUUGCGCAACUGUUUUCUGUCAAGAACUGAGGAACUUCUAGUCUGUACUUUUUGGAAUAGAUGUCGAAUGGGACCGAAGAUUUUAAUGCUUUCGGCUCCGGGAGUUAAGGAGUUUGUGGAUUUGACCAGGACGGAAUUAGAAUGACGAGCGGAGGAGUCGUGUCGCCGGGUGUUUUUAAACAUUUAUUCCAAAGCAAAUCCAACUACAUACUUUGCUGCAUUUCAUUCCGUGUGUGCGCGAAUCAAACGGCUGAUCUGAACGGAGACACAAUUUGCUGAACACAUUUCCUGCAUGCUACCAAAUUCUAUUAUUUAUCGUUACUUAUUUGCACUACAUUAUUAUGUAUCAUUCUGUUAGGUCAAGAGCAGGAAAUGAAAAGCCGUGUCAAAAUUGGUAUUGCUAUGUAAUAUGUUGUAUAUUUUUAUCAAAAUAUAAGAAAACCAACACUUGUAGUGGUUAAAAGUGUAGUUAUUAAAAUAAACUUAGUCUGUUAG